AUGGGAACAACUGACGUGAGAGUCGACGUGAAGCUAAACAAGCAGAUUUGGAGCCGAGGCAUCAGGAGCGUACCGAGGAGGGUUCGCGUUCGCAUUGCACGGAAGAGGAACGACGAGGAAGAUGCCAAGGAAGAGUUCUACUCUCUUGUCACUGUCGCCGAAAUCCCUGCAGAGGGAUUGAAGGGUUUGGGCACCAAGGUCAUUGAGGAGGACGAAUGA